CAAAAUUAGCUUCACAAAAAACCUAUGUAAUUCCUUCAUGAAUUAUUUCUUGCUUGCGAACAUUUUUUUUUAAGGAUUUCCGGGCACGAGCCGAUACAAUGCUGUCAAUCGCAAUGAUUUGUGUUUGAGAACUCUCAACUUCGCUGCUGCUGGGUACUCCUACAGAUUAUCUCAUCAAUCUCUUGCUCCACAUCAUGGCUGCCCACGAUGCAUUCUACACACUUCCUGAUUCUCUUCUUUCUUUCAUACUAUCGAAAAUCCCAAUUAAAGAUGCUGUCAAAUCUUCCAUCCUCUCCAAGAGAUGGAGAUUUAUCUACACCCAGAUGCCUGAACUCACUUUCUCUCCGGAUCUUGUUUUGGGGUCUGAUCGCCCUUCUCUCAAUCCUCCCCUCGUAUCAAGCGCUGAGAAUAUAAUUUCCAAUAUUUUGCUUCUGCAUUCACAUAAUCUCGAGGCCUUGCACCUCCACAACACCGGGUUCGAUCAUAACCAACGACGCUUCUCUCGUGAAAGUGUGUGCAAAUGGGUAGAAUUUGCAUCUUUGUGUAAUAUUCAACACCUCACUCUGUUCGACCACUACGUGCCAGGUCCUUACAAUGAGCGUGUCGAUGAGCGCCACCGUGCUUUAAAAGAAACCCCACCCCCUGCUCUCUUUUCAUGUUCGCGUCUUGUAGCACUGUCUCUGCACGACUACAUUCUCACCAGUGUCCCAAUUAAUUUCGUUGGAUUUCCCCGCCUGAUUACUUGUCGCCUCCAGGGUGUUCAAUUGACAGAGGAGUCUUUAAUCUCCUUCAUUUCACUCUGCCCUCUUCUGCAAAAACUUGAAAUAAUUAUAGAUGAUUGGCUAGGUAAUGUAGUAAUCUUUUCAUCCACCAUUGAACAUUUGCUAAUGCAACGUGUAAAAUCUCUCUCUGUUAACUGCCCCAAACUUAAAAUUAUGUCAGGGAUGAUGCUUGAGGAUUUGAGUGUAAACGGUGUAAGACUCUACGAGCUUUCCUCUGCCUUCUGGCAUCUUGAAAUGGACUGUGGAAGUACUCUGAGGGAAUUGUCGAUGCAAUUCUGUCUAGGAGAUGUUUCAGCAAGUAGAUUUCUUCACAUAGUAGGUAACUGCUACUCCUUGAAGGAACUUGUUAUAUACUUGGGUCAUUCCGUUGAAAGGGAAGUAGAGAUAGAUGCUCCUCUACUGAACCUGUUUCACAGGCUUCCAAAUCUUCAGCGGCUGCAUAUAGUGGGCUGCUUUGUACAGGAGUUGGCAAGAGAUCCUAUACCUGAUUGCCUCGCCUCGCCACAUGUUAACCUCAAGAAAAUACGCGUAGAAGUUCUCGAGUUAGACUACAAAGAGAUUGCAGUAAUCAGUUGCUUGCUCCAGAGUAUACCCUCUCUUGAAACAAUGGAAAUUCGGUUACCUGACGAAUAUGAUGAAGGUCGAUGUAUGGACUUCCUCAGAGAUAUUUUGUACUUGAGGAGAGCAUCCUUGCUAGCAAGGAUUAUUGUACUAGACUGGUAUCAGUGACUAUGGCGAGCUCCAUGCCCAAGUUUUUAAUGCUGCUGAAGGAAGGAAUGGAGUCAAUGGACACUAUGAGCAGGUCCAAGAAUAGAUAUCGGUUUUCUUGGCCAUUCAACAAAGUUGAACACCCCACCUUUUCAAAGGCCUUCCAUGAGUUUCAAAAGAGCUAUAAUGAUGAUGAACUUCCUCCAAAGCACAAGAAAGAGGAUGGUGCAAAAGGUAAAACUAGAGUUCAUAACAAUAACACGGCUGAAGAUGGUGCAAAAGGUAAAACUAGAGUUCAUAACAAUAGCACUGCUGAAGAUGGUGCAAAAGGUAAAAAUAGAGUUCAUAGCAAAAUAUCCAACUACGAUAUUUCAGUCAUUGAUCGCCCAUUAUCAUGAUCUGUUGCAUUAUGUGAGAUCCAACUCUGAGAUUUCAUUGUUAUGCUCAGUUAUGCGGAUGCCUCAUUCUCUAGUAGACGGAAACUAUCAUGUUAAUCAAUGUGUUGGUCAGCUGGUAUGUAACAGUCAGGCUUGUCAUUGGGUAGCUAUAGUUAUGACAUUUGGCCAUGCAUCAGCAAAAGAUAUGUUUUGUAAUGACAGUUAUGUAACAGAAAAAGCUUUGUUUUGUAAUGACAGGCAUGCAACAGAAAAAGUCAUGUCUUGUAAAGCAAUGUUUCAGUCAUUUCAGCUAGGUAAGACAGUUUCAGGCCUGUAAGUCAGAUCUAAUUACGAUGCAAUCUCUUAGUAAAUCUUCAGUUUUGUAAGUCAGUUGGUAUAAGGGUCCGAUAGGUGGCCUAUGACCCUGUGUGGUCCUUAUAUAUGCUGCCCUUUGAAGCUUGUCCAGCUAGUAUAAUGUUUGAUCUUUGAUGUAAUCUUGAUGUUAAU